AGGCCAAGAUCGCGAAGACAUAAUCUUUUUGUUUAUAGCCAGAUCAAUAACCCGGUGCCAGACGAAGUAGUGCUAGCGUGAGGACGAUAAUAUUUUCUUCUUCGACACUAGCGGAAAGCCCUUCAAGUAGUCCUUUACGUAGAAACAAGUUUCUUGUGCUGUUAGAAAAGGAAAAGCGAAGAAAUCAUGGGAGCACAAUUUGGGAAGUUGUGGGAGGACUUGAACACUCCGGAGGUCAAGGAGGGAGCAGCAAAUGGUAAGUUUUCAUGUGGUGUGCAUGUUGAAGUUUCUGCUGCCGUAUCUGUAUCAUCAACAUAGUACUUUUUAUGCAUGUACUCUGGCACUGGAAGGGCUACUUCUUUCAUGAAGAUUUUCAUUUUGCGAUCGCAGUACAAUUUGUUAUGCAAAACGGCACUCUACAGUCUUGAACAAGUUGCGGCGAGUAGUCCGAACAGCGUACUGGAUUGGGGGGCAGACGUGCUGGAUACUUUCAACGGGAAUGAUCGUUCUCAUCGCCCCCGCGUUGGCGGAAUUCGACCGGGAGUGUGCGCACUUUGAGCUGACGGCCGCAUUGCAAGCUGCACAGAUCCAGCAGCAACAGCAGGGCAUGGCGGGGGCACCGAUGUAGGGCGUCAGACACCCGACGUCACGUGUGUCGUGCCCCAAAAAUUCGUAAAACUUGAGACUACAAACCUUUUCUUCACCGGCGACAUCUCGGCAUUUCUUCUUGCUGCGUUCUUCGUAAGCAGCUCUUAAGUGAACACUAGUGAGAAGUAAACGACAACGCAGGACAAGACUUUGCC